AUGGACCAGGAGCAACUCGCUGACCUCCUGCUGACCAGGACCCGGGGCUCCGUGUGCCGGGGGCAGACCAGGCGUCUUGUGGCGCACAGGUUCAGCCGUGUGUUUGAGGGCGUGGCUAAAGCCUCAGACUCCGCCCCCCUGAGCCAGAUCUACACAGAGCUCCACAUCACAGAGGGCGGAGCCUCAGAGGUCAACCAGGAACACGAGGUCAGACUUGUGGAGACGACGUCCAGGAGACCGGCCGCUCCAGAGACCAUCACAUGUGAAGAGCUCUUUAAACCCCGCCCACAUUCACCACAACCAAUCAGAUUAGUGCUGACGAAGGGCGUGGCCGGCGUGGGGAAAACAGUGCUGACUCAGAAGUUCGGUCUGGACUGGGCUGAAGGCCGGGCCCACCAGGACCUCCAGCUGCUGUUCCCCUUCACUUUCAGAGAUCUGAACGUGCUCAGAGACACACAGUUCAGCCUGGAGGAGCUGCUGCACCACUUCUUCAGUCCAUCCAAAGAUCUGUGCAGCUUCCAACAGCUCCAGGUGCUCUUCAUCUUUGACGGUCUGGACGAGUGCAGACUUCCUCUGGACUUCGGCCGAACCCGGGUCCUGAGCGACCCCACAGAGUCCGCCUCAGUGCACGUGCUGCUGGUGAACCUCAUCAGGGGGAGCCUGCUUCCCUCCGCUCUCCUCUGGAUAACCACGCGCCCCGCCGCGGCCAAUCAGAUCCCUGCUGAGUGCGUCUCCAUGGUGACAGAGGUGCGAGGGUUCGCCGACCCGCAGAAGGAGCAGUACUUCAGGAAGAGGUUCAGAGACAAACACCAGGCCAACAUCAUCAUCUCCCACAUCAAGAGCGUCCGCAGCCUCCACAUCAUGAGCCACAUCCCGAUCUUCUGCUGGAUCCUCUCCAAGGUUCUACAGAAGCUUCUGGAACAAACAGAACCAGAGCUGCCCCGGACUCUCACACAGAUGUACGUCCACUUCCUGGUGGUGCAGGCCAAAGUCCAGAACAUCAAGUAUCAGCAGGGAUCAGGGGAGGACCUUCACUGGACUCCAGAGACCAGGGAGAUGGUGAAGUCUCUGGGAAAAGUGGCCUUUGAGCAGCUGCAGAAAGGAAACCUGAUCUUCUACGAGAGUGACCUGAGCGAGUGUGGGCUGGACGCUGCAGCGGCCUCAGUGUACUCCGGAGUGUUCACACAGGUCUUUAGAGAGGAGCCAGGCCUGUACCAGGACAAGGUCUACAGCUUCAUCCAUCUGAGUGUGCAGGAGUUUCUGGCCGCUCUUCACGUCCAUCUGACCUUCUUCAGCUCCGGAGAGAACCUUCUAGUGGAGGACGGGUCCGAGAGCUCGGACCCGGUGCUCUUUUACAAAACGGCGGUGGAGACGUGCGUGCGGCGUCCCAACGGACACCUGGACCUGUUCCUGCGCUUCCUCCUGGGUCUGUCCCUGCCGGCCAAUCAGAGGCUGCUGCGGGGGCUGAUGUCACCGACAGGCAGCGAGGCGACCAAUCAGGAGACGGUGCGGUACCUGCAGAAGAAGGUGAGCGAGGAACAGAGGGAGGAGCUGUCCACGGAGAAAGUCCUCAACCUGUUCUACUGCCUGAGCGAGAUGCAGGACCAUAGCCUCGUCCAGCAGGUCCAGACCCAGCUCAGGUCCGGGGUUCUGGAUCCGGCCCGGUUCUCCUCGACUCAGUGGGCCGCUCUGGUUUUCCUGCUCCUGACGUCGGAUCGGGACCUGGAUCUGUUUGAUCUCCGGAAGUUCUGUCCAUCAGAGGAGGCUCUGCUCCACCUGCUCCCAGUGCUGCAGGCCUCCACCCGCGCCAUGUUGGGCGGGUGUCACCUGUCGGAGCGCUCCUGUUCUGCUCUGGGCUCGGUUCUGGUUCGGUCCAGUCUCAAAGAACUGGACCUUAGCAACAACGACCUGGAGGACUGUGGAGUGAAGCAACUGUGUGAAGGACUGAAGAGUGACACCUGUGAGCUCCAGGUGCUCAGGUUGUCCCUGUGUCACCUGUCGGAGCGCUCCUGUUCUGCUCUGGGCUCAGUUCUGGUUCGGUCCAGUCUCAAAGAACUGGACCUUAGCAACAACGACCUGGAGGACUGUGGAGUGAAGCAACUGUGUGAAGGACUGAAGAGUGACACCUGUGAGCUCCAGGUGCUCAGACUCUCUGGUUGUCUCGUGACCCAAAGCGGAUGCUCGUCUCUGGCCGCGGCUCUGACCCUGAACCCGACUCACCUCCAGGAGCUGGACCUGAGCUUCAACCACCCGGGAAUCUUCGGAACUGAGACCCUGAAGAACCUGAGAGACGACCCGCGCUACAGCCUCCACACACUCAGGUUGGACCCUCAGAGUGUUUGGUGGAAAAUGCCGGGUUUGGCCAAAUACUCGUGUGAGCCGAGGUUCGAUCUCACCACCGCAAACUUCGAGCUCAAAGUUCUGGAGAAAAAACCCGAGGUCCAGUUCACCGAAGAACAACAGAAAUAUCCACAGCACCCGCAACGCUUCGACUGGUACCCCCAGUCCUAA